GAUCCCGAAACGUAGCGGCGGCGGCGGAGGCGGCGAGAAGAUGGCGGCGACGGCGUUCACGGAGGAGGAGAAGGCGGUGGACGACGCUCUGGGCUACCCCAAGGCCUACGCGCGGCUCUGCCGCGGCGGCGGCGGGGGUUUCCCCUACGGGCAUGGCCCGCCGCACGGGUUCCUCCCCUACGUCCUCCACCCGCACGAGGCGAUGCGGGCGAAGGAUCUGAACGAGAUGUUCCCGGUGAGGGACGCGGAGGCGGCGCCGACGGCGAACCCGCGUGGGUUCGCCAACCUGCUGUGGAAGCAGCUCGACCACCUCGGCAACGCCGGGUUCGACCCGGCGCUCUUCCGCGUCGACGCCUACGGCAACGUGCUCUACCUCCACGCCGACUCCGCCUCGCCCCUCGCCUGGGACAUCGACCACUGGUUCCCCUGCGCCAGAGGAGGGAGGACGGUGCCGAGCAACCUGCGGAUCGUGCAGGCGCAGGUGUGCAGGAAGAAGCACAACAAGCUGGAGUUCCUCGUCCCGUGGUGGGAUCUGCAGCUCGGCAUCUCCGUCAACCACUUCCUCUCCAUCUUCGCCUCCAAGAACGCCGACUUCAGGAACAGAGCAUUCGCGUUCUUGUUCGUCGACGGGGCCAGCGAGGAGCUGAGCUCGAUGCAGGCCGUGGAGGCGCACGCCUUCCCGCACCAUUUCUCGGAUUUGACGAAGAAAGUAGGGCUUGCACCUGCCGCCAUCGUUUCCAACUCCAGGGGCUCUGACAACUCGGUGCUCAAAUCUCUUGAUGCAAACCGGCCACUCAGGCCUAAUUACCCUCUGAUUGCUGCCAAGAAAUUCACAAGCGAAAAAGAUGAGAGUGUCAACCUGCCAGUCGGCCAUGGGCCUAAUUCGACCAAAGAGAACAAUAAUCCUGACGCUGAUGGCUACAUUAGCAAUCCUUACUUGUCCAUUGCUACGGCUAGGGACUCGCUGAGGCAAAGAGAGGAGGCCAAGAAGAAGCAGGCCGAGCUCACUGAGCUGGAGAACGAGGCCACCGAGCUGAAGCAGAAGAACGAAGAGGAGCGGGUGGCCAUCCAGGACAUGGAGGCCCUGCUUAUCAAGAGGCGGCGGCGAGUCGAGAAGUGCCGCCGCUUGGCGGAAGCUCAGUCCAACUACAAGGCCGUGCUGGAGAAGAUGAUCAGAGACGCCAUGCACCAGUCCGUGGUGUACAAGGAGCAGCUUCGGCUGAACCAAGCUGCAACAAGUACUCUCAUGGCGAGAUUGGAGGCCCAGAGAGCAAUGUGUGACUCCUCCGAAACCGAGCUCCGGAGGAAGUACCAGCAGAAGGAUGAACUGGAGAAGCAGAUCAAGCCUUUCACCGAUCAAGCAAGAAAGCGGUACCGGGUUGAUGACGAGAUGCUAGAGGAAAGGCAAACUGAAAGUGUGAAGUAUUUUCCUGGAAUAAGACUGAGGAGCAGAAGCCCUCUCAAGCAGGAGCUGAGGGUUUUCCUGGAGGAGGACCAGAGGGCUUCAGAUGCAUACAUCUCCCUCGAGGAAGAGGAAAUCAGAGAUGGAACCUCAGCAAUGGGCAAUUUCAAGAACUCACCUUACAAGGUGAUAAGCUUCCCAAGAAGGUCCAUGGAGGACAACACGGUUGACACUGAAAGAGGGAGAGCGUCAGUGAGGGAGAAGCUAGAGCAUUUGGCGAUCAAAGAACGGCAGCGCGGCAGGAGAAGAGAGAGGACCAUGGCAUCAAGGGGAUCAAGAGCAACCAGUACUCCUGUGAGGUCAAGAGAUGAUGGGAAGGGCAAGGCAGCCAUGGUGCAAUGUGAGUAUGAAACUGAAAAGUCUCACACAAUUUCAGUGCCAAGGACCUCCUCAGUUCCUCCGAGUCCUCCCUACAGAGUAACUGGCAUGUAUGGGACACCUAGAUAUCCUGCAGAGAGGCCGGUGCUACUGAAAAAGAAUGAAGUGGGUCAUUGCCGAGGAUUCGGUAGAUCCGAAGACGAUGCGAACAUGAGCCACAUUGGCAAAGGCACUGUGGAUAAGUGGCUUCACAUGCUCAUGGAGGAGGAGCAGCAGCAGCAAGAAGAUCCUGCACCAACAUACCAUUCUUCUGAAGAUCACAACGCCGUCGAUGAAAUCGCUUCAGAUGAGCACCAAAGGCAAGGCCGAAUCGACGACGACGGCGGCAGGAAUGAGAUCACGGAGUGCACCGAUGAGAUCGUCGAGGUCGGUGGCGAGAGUGCCGCCACCGAGCAGGCCAGGUGCAGGAACAGCUUUGAGAUAAGGGAGAGGGGAGAGGAGAAGAAGAUCUGGUUCCCAAGGUCUGACAGCUCCAGGGGUUUCAGGUCACUGCCUUCCUCGCCUUCCAAGAUCCUUGGGGUGAGAAGAAGUGUGGAGUGCAUGAGCAGGAAGCCGAAGGUGAUCGGCGACGACGACGGCAGGUAUGGCUAUGAAGAUUCAGUGUCCACAAGCAGCAGCAAGUUCCUCAGCAGGUGCAAGCAGGCAAUCAAGAAAGCAGUGAACAAAUAAUUCCUUGCUGCACUGUUCAGUGAGCAAGUUGCAGGCUGUUUAUUCUUUCAAAUCUGUGUUUAAAUUCGUGUCAAAUUGCUAUUGUUUAUUUAGCUGAAUAAGUUAGUACUACUGCUAGUGAGGCAUAUAUAGCUUGCAGACUCCUGUCUGCAACCAGUGAAAUAUUUACUGUUCAUGGUCACCAUUAUGUGAUCAUACUUGUGUGUGUACAACUAUUUGUUCAUUUACGAAGAGAAACUAAAUUAUU